GGGAGCUCCAAGGCUGCACUAUGCUUGGAAUUUGGAUACUUGCACUAUUUCUGCUCAAUGCAGCAGAAGGUGACCAAGUUUGCUAUGAUAGGAUUGGAUGUUUCUCAGAUGAUGUACCAUGGUCUGGGACUGUGGAAAGACCAAUCCGUAAGUUACCCUGGAGUCCAGAAAGGAUAAACCCUCGCUUCCUCCUGUACACAAGACAAAAUCCUCAAGCCUAUCAGGAGAUCUCUGCAAUUGAUGACAAAACAAUUGGCUUCUCAAAUUUCAAUGCAAACAGGAUGACCAGAUUUAUUGUACACGGAUUUAUAGAUAAAGGAGAUGAAAACUGGCUGUAUGACAUGUGUCAGAGGUUGCUCAGUGUGGAAGAUGUGAACUGCAUCUGCGUAGACUGGAAAAAAGGUUCAAGAUGUCAAUACACCCAGGCAUCAAACAACAUCCGUGUUGUAGGCGCUGAAAUAGCUUAUUUUAUCAAUGUUCUCAUGGAAAAAUAUGGAACCUCCCUAUCCAAUAUUCACGUAAUUGGCCACAGCCUCGGAGCACAUGCGGCAGGCGAGGCUGGCAAGAGGCGGCCAGGAAUCAGUAGAAUAACUGGACUGGACCCUGCUCAACCUUAUUUUCAAGACACACCAAUUGAAGUCAGACUGGACAGAUCUGAUGCCGAGUUUGUUGAUGUUAUCCACACAGAUACAGCUCCCACAAUCCCCUACUUAGGUUUUGGCAUGAGCACAGCUGUAGGACACCUUGACUUUUAUCCAAAUGGAGGGAGGGAAAUGCCAGGCUGUGAUAAGAACCCCAUUUCACAGAUCGUGGAUCUGGAUGGCAUCUGGGAAGGAACUCGGGACUUUGUGGCUUGCAAUCAUCUGCGGAGUUACAAGUAUUACUCUGACAGUAUUGUUUACCCUGAUGGAUUUCUAGGCUAUGCUUGUGCUUCAUAUGACACUUUUGAAGCAGGAAACUGUUUCCCAUGCCCACACGGUGGAUGCCCUAAUAUGGGUCACUAUGCAGAUAGAUUCAAAUGGCAAGUUACAAACGAUAUCACCAAACUUUAUCUGAAUACUGGAGAUGCCAGGGACUUUCCUCUUUGGAGGUACAAAGUAACCAUGACACUCUCUGGAAGCCAUCAAAUUUCAGGAUAUGCAAAUGUUGCCCUGUAUGGAACUGGUGGGAACACAAGGCAGUAUCAGGUCCUCAAGGGAACCCUCCAACCAAACAAGACUUACACAAGCUACAUUGAUGUAGAAAUCAAUGUUGGAACAAUUACAAAGGUUAAAUUUCUGUGGAACAACAAUGUGAUAAAUCCAGCUUUUCCUACAAUGGGAGCUGCAACUAUCACCGUACAAUCUGGAGAAAAUUCAGCAGAAUUCCGUUUCUGCAGUUCCAGUACGGUGAGGGAGGAUGUUCUGCUGACUCUCGAUUCUUGCUAACAGCACACAUGGAUGCCCCAAACCUUAUUACCAAUAAAAGCUAGUCAUGCAUGAAA